AUGACGACUAGUUUAAGUAGUGAUAACAAUAGACCUGUAGUGCAGGGUGAAUUGAAUAGACUUUCAAAAGAGAAGAGUCCUUAUUUACUGCAACAUGCAAAUAAUCCUGUUGAUUGGUAUCCGUGGGGCGAAGAAGCUUUUGAGAAAGCUCGAAAUGAAAAUAAAUUGAUUUUCUUAAGUGUUGGCUAUAGUACUUGCCAUUGGUGUCAUGUUAUGGCUCAUGAAUCGUUCGAAAAUGAGGCUAUUGCAAAGAUCAUGAACGAGCAUUUUGUGAAUGUAAAAGUGGACAGGGAAACUCAACCUGAUGUGGAUCGUAUGUACAUGCUCUUUGUGCAAUAUUCUUCUGGAAGUGGUGGAUGGCCAAUGUCGGUCUUCUUAACUCCUGAAUUAUAUCCUGUGUUUGGUGGAACUUAUUUUCCUCCAGAUGAUCGAUAUGGCAGGACUGGUUUUUCUACCUUGCUCAAACGAAUAGCUGAAUUGUGGAAAGAACAACCUGACAAUUUGAGAAAAACUGGUACAGAUGCAAUUGAACAGCUUCGUAAAUAUACAGAAUCUAAGGGAGAAAGUUUCACGAAAUCCACAGAAUUAAAUAUGAAAAUAGCACAAAAAUUAUAUCAUCAUUUCGAUACUAGAUUUGACAAUGAACAAGGCGGAUUUGAUGGUAAAAGUGAACCUAAGUUUCCGACACCUGUUCAAUUGCACUUUCUGCUUCGUUAUUAUUAUUAUAUACUUGCGGAUCUUGACAGAGCAGAUGAGAGGUUUGCUAUAAUGUCAAUCAACGAAAUUCGUAAUCGUGGUGCAGCUUUAGGUAUCGACUUUAAGGAUUGUACCAAUGAGGCACAAUUUUUAAACAAACUUAAAGAGGUCGUGACAAGUCGUAAGCAAGUUGCAGAAAAUAGUUUGAAAAUGGUCAAGUUCACGUUGAAGAAAAUUGCCAUGGGUGGAAUUCAUGACCACGUCGGAAAUGGAUUUCAUCGUUAUUCAACUGAUAAAUAUUGGCAUAUCCCUCAUUUUGAGAAAAUGCUUUACGAUCAAGCGCAAUUGCUGAUGAGCUUUGUUGAUGUUUAUGUGAUAACGAAAGAUCAAUAUUUUGCUGAGGUGGCACGUGAUAUCGUAACGUAUGUCGAAAGGGAUCUAAGAGAUCCCGAUGGUGGGUUUUAUUCAGCUGAAGAUGCUGAUUCUUAUUCUCAUGAAGGCGCUGAACACAAACUAGAGGGUGCUUUUUGUGUAUGGGAAAUGUCUGAAAUUAAAGAAAUAUUAGGGGAUAAGAAUUCGGAGAUUUUCUGUCGGCAUUACGGUGUAAAAUCAGAUGGAAAUGUUGACCCCAGUAAAGACAUCCAGGGAGAAUUGAAGCAUAAGAACGUCCUAAUUGAACGCUAUACGUUAGAAGAGACAGCGGAACAUUUCAAUAUUACAUUAGAUCAAUUGAAAGAAAUUCUUUCAGAAUCUCGGAAAGAACUUUUAAAAUAUCGUUUUGAAAAGAGGCCUAAACCACACCGUGACGACAAAAUUUUGGCAGCAUGGAAUGGUUUGAUGAUUACUGGUCUCGUUAGAGCUUAUGAAGCGCUACGCGAUAAAAAAUUUUUAGAUCUUGCAGAAGGUGCAGCGAAAUUUUUGAAAGAAAAAAUGUAUAUUCCUGAGAAGAAUAUUUUAUUAAGAAGCUUUAGAGAAGGAGCUGGUGAUGUUGAAGGUUUUGUUGAUGAUUACAGCUACUUGAUUGAAGGAUUGCUACACCUUUAUCAAUCCUCCUUUAACGAAUCAUAUCUUUCAUGGGCUAUUGAAUUGCAAGAUAAGCAAAAUCAAUUAUUUUAUGAUGAACAAUCUGGAGGGUAUUAUAAUGUUAAAGAAGGUACUCGGGAUAUAUUAUUGAGGCUGAAGGAUGAUCACGAUGGCGCAGAACCUUCUGCGAAUUCUGUCUCGGUCAGCAACUUAAUAUUACUUAGUAAUAUCGUUAACAAUCCUGAUUACAACGCUAAAGCCGAACAAACAUUGAAAUAUUUUGCGGGAGCAUUAAAUAUGAUGCCGCAUUCAAUGUCUGCAAUGGUUGCAAGUAUGAUGUUACAUAUAAAAGGCGUUAAACAGAUAAUGGUUAUUGGACGCGAACAAAAUCAAAUUGUUCAACAAUUUGUUGAGACCAUUCGUGAUCAGUUUAUUCCUAGUAAAACUUUUCUUUUAGCAAAACCCGAAAAUGAACUUUUACUGGAAAAAAAUGAAUUGGUAAAAGCUAUAGUACAAAGCGAAUUUGCUGAUACAUCAAAGAAAGGAGAAGAGGACAACGUUCCAUCGGUACAUAUAUGUGAGAAUUUUACCUGUGGUAUGCCAAUCAGUAACAUUGAAGACUUGCUGGACAAAUUAAAAAUAAUGUGA